CAAACAUGGCGCUAACAGUUGUGGACGCGCGUUUCGUAUUUCUUGUGUUUUAUCUGACGGGAGAGACGUCCCAGCAGAGCUGCCCCGCUAGCGUCAGCUCCGAACAAGGCGUCGCCCUUCUGGGUUAUACGUUUGAGUCCCGUUUUGCAAGUCAUUUUUGGGAGUGUAUUAGAAGUUGCAUUGAAGAACGACAGUGCUGGAGUGUCAACUAUCAUUUGAGCUCUCGCCUGUGUGACCUUAACAGCGAAACCAAAGAAAGGCAGCCUUUGAAACUCGCAAGAAGGGAUUUGUCCGUUUACUUGAGUGAUAGAAAAGCCGGAGAUUGGAAAGGAGUUGUGCGCUCGUGCAAAGACUUGCGGGAUCUCGCGGGUAACGCGGACCCCACGACAGGGGAGUAUUGGAUCGAUCCGGAGGCUGACAGGAGACUUCUGAGGGUUUACUGUGACAUGAAAACUAAUGGAGCUUCGGUGGCGAUGCCGCAAGCAGUCCGUCGGUCGCACCAUCGACAUCAUGACGGCCAAUAACAGCUCAGGAGCCAGCGUACUGUCCCACUUCUUGGACAAUGCCAAGUUUCAACGUCCACCGGACGCGUGUGGUUCGUUUGUCCGACUGCCGGAAGAUGACUCCAUUCUGACCCGGAACUGUGCCAAGUGGGGCACCAGUGGGAAGUGGGGAGAAAUCUACGUAGACCAUACAUAUGCACUUUACUUCUAUCCAUUUUAUUUGAGAAACCAUGAAUUUUCAAAUUUUGAUUGCUUUGACGAUGCUUGGAGUAGCAUUCCAAACGCUAACGAUUUCUGGGAAUUGUACGUCCGUUGAAAGGUUUUUACACGUACUUUUUCUGUAACUAAGUAGUCUUAAUAACAUGUAAUGCAUUAUUGUAUAACCAUUAUAACAUGAGAAUAACGGUAAGGUGCGUAAAAUAAAAUCUUGUAACCC